CAGUAUUAAAAAGCACCGGAGAGAAGCUGUAGACCUGAGUGGACAGUGUCUGUUUCCCUGGGCUACUUCUGAAACCCUUGUGUGAGCUUUAUAGCGGGGUUAUAUUUUACACUCUCUGUGCCUUGGGUUGAAAAAGCUGCUGGACUAAUCCAGAUGGAUGCAAUCCUGAGCUGCAGACCAGAUGACUUGGAAGAUUACUACAACUUGCUGGGGUGCGAUGAACUGUCUACGGUUGAACAAAUAAUUGCAGAAUUUAAGAUGAAAGCCCUGGAAUGUCAUCCUGACAAACAUCCUGGAAACCCCAAAGCAGUGGAGAAUUUCCAGAAGCUGCAGCAAGCCAAGGAGAUUCUUACUAAUGAAGAGAGUCGAGCGCGUUACGAUCACUGGCGGCGGAGCAAAAUUGCCAUUCCCUUCCAGCAGUGGGAGGCCCUGAGCAGUUCUGUGAAAACGUCAAUGCACUGGGCUGUCCAAAGUAAGAAGGACCAAAUGCUGGAAGCUCCUGACUCAAAUGACAGCAACAACAUCAUGAAUGAGAUUUGGACCCAACAGCCUGAAAACAAUGAAGGUGGAUUGUCAGAUAGGAACAGGGAGCAAGAAGAUGUUGCAAUUCCUGAUGUGAAACCACAGUCUUCAAAGAAUCCAGAUUCCCCAAGAUUUUCAGAGGCAAAUUACUGGCACUUGCGUUUCCGGUGGUCAGGGGAUGCUCCAUCUGAGCUUCUGAGAAAAUUCAGAAACUAUGAGAUCUGAGAUGCAAAUUAUGCAAGAGCAUGAGAUCAUCUGUCCAGCAAUUUGGUUUUUUUUGUCAGCAGUUAUUUGUAUUUUGUAUUCAUUCAUAGUUAUGUGAACAUCGUGUGAAUAAAUAUCUCAAUGCUGAUUUGUUAAUGUGCUACGAGCCUUUACAGAUGGUGGUCUCUGUUUAAUAAGCAAAGCCCUUUUCAGUAUUAACAUAAAGUGAUCUUGUGAAGUUAUCUAA